AUGAAACUAGAGCGGCCCUUCUGUGAGAGUCGAUGCCAUAUGGCGUGUGCUGGGGUAAACACGAGUUGGCGACACCCCGGCUUCUCACACCAAGCCACCCUCUCUACAGUCGUGCCGUCCUCUCUACCCUCUUAUAACACCAAUCUCUACCUCACUAUUACAUUUGUGUCACGACAACGUCAGGGUACCGAUCUCUACCUCCCUGUUACACCUCUCAUUGCAACGUCAGACACCCGUCUCUACCUCCCUGUUACACCUCUCAUUGCAACGUCAGACACCCGUCUCUACCUCCCUGUUACACCUCUCAUUGCAACGUCAGACACCCGUCUCUACCUCACUGUUACACCUCUCAUUGCAACGUCAGACACCCGUCUCUACCUCACUGUUACAUCUCUCAUUGCAACGUCAGACAUCCGUCUCUACCUCACUGUUACACCUCUAAUUGCAACGUCAGACACCCGUCUCUACCUCACUGUUACACGUCUCAUCGCAACGUCAGACAGCCGUCUCUACCUCAUUGUUACACGUCUCAUUGCAACGUCAGACACCCGUCUCUGCCUCACUGUUACACGUCUCAUCGCAACGUCAGACAGCCGUCUCUACCUCAUUGUUACACGUCUCAUUGCAACGUCAGACACCCGUCUCUACCUCACUGUUACACGUCUGAUUGCAACGUCAGACACCCGUCUCUACCUCACUGUUACACCUCUAAUUGCUAACGACACCCUUCUCUACCUCACUGUUACACGUCUCAUUGCAACGUCAGACAGCCGUCUCUACCUCACUGUUACACCUCUCAUUGCAACAUCAGACACCCGUCUCUACCUCACUGUUACACCUCUCAGUGCGACGUCAGACACCCGUCUCUACGUCACUACUACACGUCUCAUUGCAACGUCAGACACCCGACUCUACCUCACUGUUACACCUCUCAUUGCAACGUCAGACACCCGUCUCUAUGUCACUGUUACACCUCUCAUUGCAACAUCAGACACCCGUCUCUACCUCACUGUUACACCUCUCAGUGCAACGUCAGACACCCGUCUCUACGUCACUACUACACCUCUCAUUGCAACAUCAGACACCCGUCUCUACCUCACUGUUACACCUCUCAUUGCAACGUCAGACACCCGUCUCUACGUCACUACUACACCUCUCAUUGCAACAUCAGACACCCGUCUCUACCUCACUGUUACACCUCUCAUUGCAACGUCAGACACCCGUCUCUACGUCACUACUACACCUCUCAUUGCAACAUCAGACACCCGUCUCUACCUCACUGUUACACCUCUCAUUGCAACAUCAGACACCCGUCUCUACGUCACUGUUACACCUCUCAUUGCAACGUCAGACACCCGUCUCUACCUCACUGUUACACCUCUCAUUGCAACGUCAGACACCCGUCUCUACGUCACUACUACACGUCUCAUUGCAACAUCAGACACCCGUCUCUACCUCACUGUUACACCUCUCAUUGCAACGUCAGACACCCGACUCUACGUCACUGUUACACCUCUCAUUGCAACGUCAGACAGCCGUCUCUACCUCACUGUUACACCUCUCAUUGCAACAUCAGACACCCGUCUCUACCUCCCUGUUACACGUCUCAUUGCAACGGACCCCCUGGCCGUGGAGAGGGGGCAUGUGUAG